AUGUCCGAAAAAUCAGGUGUGUCAUCAACCACGCGUGGCAGGCCGGUAACCGCAAAACCUCUGGUCAACACGAAUAGAAGCGGGACUCCAGCAAGUGCCUCCAGUGCGAGCGUAAAGUCUAAAUCAAGAUCAACGACAGCAUCGGCGUCUGGAAGUGGCAAACGACCACCUCGACCACCAAGCGCGAACUCGAUCGCGUCGUCGAAGUCUUCAGCGAGCGUGAGUGGUUCAAGGAAGCACAACAAGAGUAUAGUCUCCGAACCUUCGAGUGUUAGAGGAGCGGAAGCGGAGGGCGAGAGUGAGAUUAAGGUCACGAAGCUGAGCUCGACGACCGUAACACUACAAACAUCAUGGACACCUCCUUCCAAGCCCGUGGCUUCGACACCUGCCCCACCACCUGCCUCCAACGAGCAGCAACCGACGCGUACUUCUGAUCCUCUGCAAGUUGCUGCUCAGGCAUACCCCUGGAUGUUCAUGUCCACAACUCUAGACGCGUGUUUCAAGAGUGCGGAAACGAGUGCUACAAAUAAGAUUGAAGCGCGCACGAAAGAACUUGAUGAGCAAGAAGCAGGGAUUUCUGAUCAACGCGAUCGUCUUGAGGCAGAACGUGCCAUUCAAUUCUAUGAUGAGCUCGGUUCUGACAUGUUUGCGAAAGAAGUCCCUGCAAUAAUGCAGUUAUUCCACUCCCAUGGAGACUCCUGCGAUAAAAUAGAACGAGACGCCCUCAAAUUAGCCUCCCGUGGAUCUCCUGACCCAAAUGACGAAGAACCACUCAAAGACUAUAAUAACAUGUUGGAUGACCUAGAGAGUUUACAAACUCAAGCCACAGAUCUAUCGAAUUCCAUCACUAAGUUGACCUCACAAGCAACGCCUGCAGCAGACAAUGCCACUGCCGAUGACUCGACAAAAACAGACGAGUCCGCCGCUCGGAACCAGAUCAUCAAUAUUUUCUCGGCCUGUCUUCCCGUCCUCCGGGCACGAAUUGCCAACCUGUCUAUGGCACAGGAACUUAUUGACAGCGCACUCGAAAACGCCAGCCUCAGCCUCCGCAUGGAGAGCAUGGGUCUCACAGACUAG